UGAAAGAGAGAGGAAGGGAUGUUGACUUUUCUCCCUCGACGCGCCACACCGCUGUAUUGUACUCAAGUAUCCCAUCCAUCUAUUUUGCCAUUCUUGGGUGCAUGCAAAUCUCGCAAAGCUCCAUUUGGGAAGAAUAAGGAAAGAGGGAGGAAAAAAUAAAUAUCACCCGCUCUCUAUUUCCCCCCCCCCACCCCAUGCCACUUCGCUGCUUCCCUUAACUCUGCACCAGGGAAGCAAGUUGCGACUUCCCUACCCCACCUUGAAAUACUCGAUUUGACGAAUACUACCACCUCCGUGAUAUCCUUAUUAUUGUUUUUUUCCCUGAUUCUGCUUGUUGAUCAACUAUGUUUCGCAACAGGCAGUCAUCGCAAAAACCUCCGGAUGAGCUUUUCGAACGUUUUCGACAAUCAUUCCCUGGCGUGCGCGCGGGAUCGACGAGCGGGCCAAGCGAGUCGCAUUUGCAGACAGCAGGCGGGCUACAUGAUUCCACCCUAAAUCAGCCGAGGCAAGUCCCACGUCACAUCCCUGAAGCGCGAGUUGUUCUUGUUUCUCCCCUUCUCUACACUUCACCGGGGGGUGAGGGGAAGUUCUUUUUCCUAUCCUCUUUACCAAUUGGUCUUUUUGGAGGGAAAAAAUCACCCCGCAAUCUUCCAAGGGGUACGGGGAUGAAGCUUUUGGGUCACUCCGCUGACAAUCCUUCCUGUCUGGGUUAACAGAUUCGGACAUGAUCAUGAAGAUCUCGAACCGACACCGAAAGCACCCUCAGAGCCGUUUCGCUUCACCCCAUCGCUGCUGGACCCAACCUCCGCUGCCUUUGCAGCAUUCGCGAACCAGCCUCCUGGUCUUUUCACACCAACUCCGGGCGCCUCAAACACCGUGUACAACCCAACCCAUAAUGACCUCCAAACACCGAAUAUAGGGAUCAAUGCAGGGACACCGCUAUCGUUGCCGAAUACCACGGCGAUGGCUCCACCAACCACCAGCGGCGUCGGUCUUCCAGACUACGAUCCGCAAGCCAUUCAGCCGCAUCAAUUCCAUAACUACCAUCCUUUCAGCCAGCCUUUGCAGCCCCAUUUUCUGGACCCUACACAGUAUGCUAGGACAUCACCAGGGCCGGGUAGCCCCAUGGACUUGGGGGAUGGCGGGGAUGAGAUCUUGCCGGAGCCUGGGCCCUUGGAAGGACCUGUGAUGGGGCCUACCCAGCUACUGGUGCUGGAGGGGAAGCAAUACGACCAUGAGCUUGGUCCAAUUGCGUCAUCCGAAAGAUUCCGCUUCAAUGUUAUUUUGAACGCACCCACAGCGAUGAUAAAGCACCCCGAUGAGAUUCCGGUCACAUAUCUUAACAAGGGGCAAGCAUAUGCAAUAUCAAUCUUGGAUACCACUCCGCCCCUUGACACUGGGCCCAUGAGGUAUCGUACCUAUGUUCGAAUAUCUUUUCAUGAUGAAACACAACGCUCGAGACCGGCGUCGUGUUGGCAACUAUGGAAGGAAGGUCGAGGAACCAAUGAAGCUCACCAGCGUGGCGGAAAACUGCAAGCCGUUGAGUAUGUUGAAGCGUCUUCACAGCCCGAGGAUGACAAGAAGAAAGGGAGGGUCGACAUUGAGACAGCAUCGUUCGACAGUUUCGCGGUUAUAUGGUCUCCUCCCCCUUCUGGUUCUCCCGAGGCCUCUGUAUCGGUACGGUUCAACUUCCUUUCUACGGACUUUAGCCAUUCGAAAGGUGUGAAGGGCAUUCCUGUGAGAUUGUGUGCCAAGACCGAGGUUUUGUCGUCGGGUUCACCACAAUCCCCGCCCGAACAGCCAGAGAUCUGCUUCUGUAAGGUUAAGCUUUUCCGGGACCAUGGAGCGGAAAGGAAGUUGGCCAAUGACAUUCUACAUGUUAAGAAGACUAUUGAGAAACUUAAGCAGCAAGCAAAUCAGGUUGAGGGGACGGGCAUGAAAGCGUUAGGCAAGAAAGGCAAGAAGGAUGAGGAUUCGGGAAAGCCCGGAAAGGCACUAAAGCAUAAGCGGACGUGGUCAAUGUCUUCUGCGAGUUCUGUUGGUGGAGUAAGGGCUCAUGAAGAGGAUACCAAUGCCAAGCUGGCCAGUAUGCAGGACAUGUUCACUAGCACACGGGCCGUCAGUGUGUUAUAUCUUCGAGGAAGCGAGAUCGACGAUCCCGAUUUGCACCCGGUUCAUCUGCCUGGGGAGGUGCCAGAAAUCUCGGAAGAUGUGUGGGCCAGAAGAAGAUCAAGCGUGGCUACGACGAACACCACCGCAUCCUCGUUUGUCUCGCCAACGCCGAGCUCGGCGUCACAGUCCAGCCAGCGUGGUGAUGCUUUUAACUCGCUGGAAAGAUGUGAUUGGGAGAGGGAAUUUCAGCCUCUGCCGCCCCCUCAGCAGCAAUCGCAUCAUCCGGGCGUAUCUGAUGCUCCGGUUCGUGUCAAGCCUGAUGCUGGCAUGCUCUCUGGCUGGAUAGAAGCAAUCGGGAUUGACUCCUCGUAUAAUCCGCCCCCAGAGAGGCUUGCCAAACCUGUAAUGUCUAUAUACAUCCUCCCAGUGCCGAUUGGGUCACCCCCACAGGCAAACCAGUAUCACCGAGCGGUUUACCUCCAAACCCGUACCUCAUCGUGUCUGGCUACAAGCAUUGCCUCCAAAUGUGGAAUUGAUCCCUCAGCUGUGCUUCGGACUGUUCACCUUAACUCCCGUGGCCUGACUAUCCUGGUUGAUGACGAAUUUGUCAGAGAGAUGCCGGAAGGUCAGGAUAUGAAGGUUCAGGCUACCGAGAUUCGUGAGGAAUCUCCGUUCGCUUCGCCCCCUCAGGAAUCCGAAGGCGAGGCUGGGGCAGCGGCAAGAAAUGGAUGGGAGCUGAGACUCAUAUAUUAACCGCAGAGUCCUUUCUGGCCGAGAAUCUCUAUUCCGUAUCUUCGCUUCAGAGUUUCUUUUCGAGCGUACCCCGUAGGCAUGUGGGGGGGUUGGAAAACCGCGUUUCCUUCUAACUUUCAUUUUGGGGGUUUCAAACAAAACCGAAAAUCGGGACGAGGUGGAGCGUCAUAACUGGCUCUUUUGGUCUCCGAUCGUAUCACUUAUUGGGUUGGUUAACAUCCAGGCGUCCCCUAUUCAUUUUUGCAUUGUUAUCGUCUGUGUCCUAUCCUGUGUUUUUUUCCCCCGCUUCUUUUCCUUCAGCUUUUUCAAUAUUUGGGUUGUCUUGUACACGAUGGACGAUUUUUUUCUUGGAUUUUUCUUCACUUCAUUUUCUGUUCGAGCUAUCGGGACCAGUAAUAUCGUCCAUCAUACCAUUAUUUUCUUAGUACAUGAUUAUUUUCUUCCUGUUACUACUAGUUUACCUGCUUUUUACUCCUAACAAUCCCUCUUUCUUUAUAGCCCGCUCUGAGGAAAAAAAAAAACUCGAUCUGGGGUUUCCUACACUUUUUUCUGUUAUGAUACUUGCUAUCUUUCUUUUUUCCGGUUAAUUUGGGUUUCCGGUAAAAUGCUCCAUAUAUCCAUUGAUGCAUUGGCUCUGGUUAUAUUACCCGGCUUUGGUUCCCCUCCUUUUUUGAAAAUGUGGAAAAUAUUUUGGCUCAAGGGGUUCUUUUCGAUGCUUUCGACUUGUUAAGGAGUGAGGGUUUGGUUGUCAUUGUGUUUGAUAUAUUAUGACCUUUUGACUACCCUCCAUUUCUCUUAUCCCUUCUCUUAUCAUUAGCCAAGGCCAUGGUUUGGGAUACGCGUGUUUGAAUUCUUGUGAAGCUUAAUCGUGGGAUGGCGGUGUGGUAUGCCAUUUGGAAAUUA